AUGGCCAAGUUUUGCACAUCUAUUUCCAUCAUUCUGUGUAUGCUAAGCCUAUCCUCUCCUGCAACUGCAACAACAACAUAUAAUGUCCUGAGUUUUGGAGCAAAACCAAACGGUUUAAAAGACUCUACUCAAGCUUUCCUAAAUGCAUGGUCCGCAGCGUGUUCUUCUAGUGAUUCGACUGUUAUUGUAGUACCGAAAGGGAGGUAUUUGCUUAGUUCCAUGUCCUUCAAAGGUGACUGUAAAAGCCUCCAUAUCACUUUUCAGAUUGAUGGAACGCUAGUUGCCCCGGCUGAUUAUCGAAUUCUAGGCCAGUUUGAAAACUGGUUCAGUUUCGAAGGAGUUAGCCGAGUUUCUAUUGUUGGAGGGGCUUUAGACGCAAAAGGACCUGCCUUGUGGGCUUGCAAAGCUUCUGGCAAAGGCUGUCCAAGUGGAGCAACUACGCUGAGCUUUACAGACUCCAGCGACAUUAGGAUUGACGGAUUAAUGUCACUAAACAGCCAGAUGUUCCACAUUGUUAUUAAUCGGUGCCAAAAUGUGCAUAUUCAAGGAGUGAAGAUCAUAGCUAAUGGUAACAGCCCGAACACUGAUGGAAUACAUGUUCAGCUAUCAAGAAAUGUUGCAAUCGUUAACACGUCUAUUAGAACUGGGGAUGAUUGUGUGUCCAUUGGCCCUGGCACCAAGAACUUGUGGAUUGAACGCAUAGUAUGCGGUCCUGGCCAUGGCAUUAGCAUUGGAAGUCUAGCAAAGGACUUGGAAGAGGAUGGGGUCCAGAAUGUGACAGUAACAAAGGCAAUUUUUAUAGGUACACAAAAUGGACUUAGAAUAAAGUCAUGGGCAAGACCUAGCAAAGGAUUUGUCCAAGGGGUACAAUUCAUUGAUGCUAUUAUGCAAAAUGUACAAAAUCCCAUUAUAAUCGACCAAAAUUAUUGUCCACACAACAUCAAUUGCCCUGGUCAGACAUCGGGUUUGAAAAUCAGUGAUGUAAUAUACAAAAACAUUCGAGGAACAUCUGCUACUUCGGUUGCAAUAAAACUCGACUGCAGUGCUACGAAUCCAUGCUCGGGGAUAAGACUUGAAGAUGUAAAGUUAACAUACAAAAAGCAAGAAGCUCAAUCAUCCUGUGUCAAUGCAAAAGGAAAAGCCUUUGGUAUUGUUCAACCAAACAAUUGUUUGUAA